UCUCUCUCUCUCUCUCUCUCUCUCUCUCUAACUCUCUCUAACUUUCCAUCUAAAUCUAGGUUCGGGUGCAGCUUUUUCUAGGGUUCUCUGUGUAGAUCUCAUCAUCUUAUGUGCCUAAAAGUUUUGUUUCUUUGUAUCUUGGCAUGAGAGCAGGUGGUCUUUGAUAGCGGGGAGGAUCCCCGGGCGAACCGACAACGAGAUCAAGAACUACUGGAACACCCACCUCAGCAAGAAGCUCAUCAGCCAAGGCAUCGAUCCCCGUACUCACAAGCCUUUGAUCUCCUCUUCCUCGACUACCGGUCCUGAUCCCCCCCUACCGCAGGGUCCCAAGAUCCAGCCGCCUGCAACAAUGCCGUACCUCAACCCCAACCGUGGUGCAAACCCUAGCUUCCCCAUGCCUUCCGUUCUCCAGCAAACGAGUGGCGAUCAAGGAUGCCCUGGCAUUCACGACGACCAAGAUGGUUUCUUCGGCGGGCUGAGUCUGGAACGAGAUGAUGGAUGGCACACCUCCGAGGGCUUUGCUGCAUUGGAUUUGCAGGGAAGCCGAGGAGGAGUUGACAGUGGAGAAGAUGGAGGCAUCGACUGCUGCACCGACGAUAUCUUCUCCUCGUUCCUCGACUCUCUCAUCAAUGAUGAGAUUGUCCUGCAGAACCAGCAACAGAAUGUUGAUUACAACGACAACGAGAAUAACAGCAAGGACGGCCAGAUUCAGUCAACCGAUCCUGUUACGUCUUCUGAACCAGGCUUUGGCCUUGGAACCUUAUGGGAAUCUACCUUCACAUCUUCAGUUAGUCUGGAUGAGGAGAUUCAUGGACGGUUUGUAGAUCAUGCAGGCAAGUAGUUCCGAAUAAUAAACUCUUCUGUUAUAUGAUCAUAUUUUAUCGUAUAGGUUGGUGUGCAAUUCUACGUAUCCUUGUUGUCAUGUAUUUUAUGAACGUCGUGUUUGAUUAUUUCGUAAGGAAAUGGAGUUCUGUCUGUACGAGUACAUUUGUUCAGUGGACUUUGUAAUGGUUUGAUGGGAUCUUUAUUCUAUAUUCUUCACAACUA